UAGAAACAUAGAAAGUGGGAGGGGAGGUAAGGGGAGACAAAGAGAGGAAGAGAAGAGCGAGGGGAAAGGAGGUGCGAUUGCAGCCAUGGCGAGAGGAAAUGCAUGCUUUCUCCAGCCGUGGGAAAUAGCCCAGCUGAUGAGCCAUCCACAGAGAGAGGCACACGAUGGAUACUGACCGAGAGACAAGGCAGUGAAAGACUGAGAGUGACCGAGUAACUCAACAAAGAUCCUGCCAAAUUAUUACCACAUACUGUGUCCACACUGGCUUGGGUACUUCAGAUUGAGAGCUACAGGCAGAGACGGAAGAGGAAGCUAGACACCCCACUCUGUUUUUUUUUCUGGUUCAAUGAAAUUCAAUGUACUAAGGAGACCAGACCCAGCUGCUAUUUCAUUCACACCCAGUUAAGUAGACCGGAACUGACCUUAAAUUUAAAAAAAAAAUGGACUAAGCAAAGACAGUACAGUAUGAAACUCUGUGGUGGUUUAGUUCACUCAGGCCACAGAGUUUCUAUCUUCAUUUAUCCACCAUCUUUGCUAAAGGGAGCCGGAGAGGGAGGAACUGACCGAGCCAGCGAGAGAGUUAAAGAGAGACGGGACAGCAGGGGAGGACAGCGACAGGGUAACGGCAACAGAUUAGGGCGCCAAAUAAGGCAGAGCGAGUAUCCAGACACCAAGGAGGGGAAAUGGAAGAUGACAUGUUGUGAAAUGCACCAUGAGGCUCUGCUAGGCUCAGGCUGAGAGCAGUGUCGGGCGUGUGGCUGGAGAUUCCAUGUGGUCAGUGGGAUAGACUGUUGACUGGCAGGGUUACCUCACCGCAGAGUGCCGUGGAUGGGUGUGAAGGGGGCAGGGCUCUGGGGACAACAUGGCACGCUAUUUGCUCUGCUGGGGGGGAGGGGCUUUGGAAGACGGGUACCUGUAUGCCCCCUAUCCAGCCAUCUACCGGGAGAAGCCAGGCCACCGGGCUCCAGACCUGUUCCUGCAGCAGGACGUGGGCGAGCACUUGGCCCUGGGCAGCACAGAGUCCCUGUCCAACGGCAACAAGGCUGACCUGCAGGCUGCCAAGCGCCUGGCCAAACGCCUGUUCAACCUGGAUGGCUUCAGGAAGUCUGACGUGGCCAGGCACCUCAGCAAGAAUAAUGAGUUUAGUCGGAUGGUGGCAGAGGAAUAUCUCAGUUACUUCAACUUCUCAGGCCUUACUAUUGACCAGGCAAUACGAGCCUUCCUGAGGGAGUUUGCCCUCAUGGGAGAGACACAAGAGAGGGAGCGAGUGCUGGCCCACUUCUCUAGGAGAUAUCUACAAUGCAACCCAAAUGCAAUACCUUCUGAAGAUAGUGUCCACACUCUGACCUGUGCCCUGAUGCUGCUCAAUACAGACCUGCAUGGCCACAAUAUUGGCAAAAAGAUGUCCAUUCUGCAGUUCAUCAGCAACUUGGAAGGACUAAAUGAUGGAAAAGAUUUUCCUAGAGAACUGCUCAAGGCCUUGUACAACUCCAUUAGAAACGAGAAGCUCCAGUGGACCAUCGACGAGGAGGAGUUGCGCAAGUCCUUUUCAGAGUUGGCCGAUUUGCGCACUGACUCCGCCUCUCACACCAUGAAGCGAAUUGGCAGUGGUCUAGGUGUGGCCCAGAAUCCUGACGCCCUGAUCUAUAAGAAUGGUUUCCUGGUGCGGAAGGUCCACGCAGACUCUGACGGCAAGAGAACCUCUCGAGGUAAGAGAGGAUGGAAGACGUUUUAUGUCAUGCUGAAGGGAUUGGUCCUUUACCUGCAGAAGGGAGAGUACCGUCCAGAUAAGCAGCUGUCUGAAGAGGAUCUGAAGAAUGCUGUUUCCAUCCAUCACUCUCUGGCCAUGAGGGCAGCAGACUACAGCAAGAGGCCCAACGUGUUCUACCUGCGCACUGCAGACUGGCGAGUGUUCCUCUUCCAAGCACCUAAUGCAGAGCAGAUGCAGUCGUGGAUCACCCGUAUCAACGUGGUCUCAGCCAUGUUCUCAGCGCCACCCUUCCCUGCUGCCAUCGGCUCCCAGAAGAAAUUCAGCCGCCCGCUGCUGCCAGGCUCCAACACCAAACUGUCUCAGGAGGAACAAGUGAAAUCCCAUGAGACACGUUUCCGGACCAUCUCCUCUGAGCUGAUCGAGCUAACUGCUGUGAUUCCAGACAAAAAGGCCAAAGUUCGUGAUCUGGAAGAGCACAAGCAACGUGAGGAGUACCUGGAGUUUGAGAAAACUCGCUAUGGGACGUACGCAAUGCUACUGAGGUCUAAGAUCCGGAGUGGGGAAGAGGAUCUGUCUCUGUUCGAGUCACGCCUCUUUGACGAUGGGGGUCUCCAGAGGGCCCACUCCAGCCCCACUCUGCGGGAGGAGCACAGCAGCAGCAGCCAGGCCAGCAGUACCAGGGAGGGGGGAAGCAGCAGCAGCCAGGCCAGCAGUGCCAAGGGGGGGGCCAGCAGCAGUAGUUCCGGCAUCAGGGGGAGCAGCAAGACAAAGCGCUCUGAGCCCCAGAGACACAGCUACAGACAGGCUGUCAAACAGUGAGAGGGACACGAGGGUGUUGGGGUGGACAGGGUGGUUUAAACGAUUGGACUAUCCGUGUCGAUCGAUACACAGGGACCACUGGUGUGCCCGGUCUCCAUGACUGGAAAAUGGUGGGGAGGAGAAAGAUAAUGGGGGGAUAGACCUGUUGCAUGCUUCUAUCCCGAGAAACCACAGACACUGGAUGCACCAGGGCUAAUUAUACAGUACAGUGGAUACUCAGUCUCCCAUUUUACUAUACAAAUGACUAACUUCUGCGUGGUCCUACAUUACUGUAAUAUCCACAUUCAUUUAAUUUGAUUAUGCUUUUGGACCAAUUUCUUGUUGACAUAAGAGACAGAGAUCGAAUAUUACAUUAGAUUUAAGAGGUGUAGGUUGUUUUCCCUCCACGAAGGUUCAGUAUCGAUCCAUUCCAUCUACUGUAUGUCAUUACCGCCCAGCCCACCUCUCGGUGACCAUCUAGGAGGGACCGAGACGGAGCUGCAUCAGCUCAUCUCACUGUUCCCAUGGAGACUAAACGGACCCCGUGCCCAUGUCAGGACUCCUACCGACCAGAGUGCCAGGACCUCAACCCACCCACGAUGCAUUUGGAGGAAACUGGAAGAAACACUGUAUUCUUCAUGAGACAUGAUCAAUUGGAACGAAUAUCGAAGUUUACUGGACAUCAUUUUAUGAUGCUGCAUGCACAUACUAGUUUUGUUUUCAAAGUCUUUGCUAUGAUUUUGUUAUUCUAAUGACUUUUCUGGUGACAAACUGCACUGAUCCAGACACAGGCCCGGUUUGAGUAACUGUGUAGCUCUGCUGGGUCAGUCUAAUGAUUUCUAAAGACCUUUUACACACAUCAGCGACGGCACCGAGGGAUUUGUCAUACUAAUGGGUUGAUGAAGUAGAUUGAUCACACAGGCUGGCUAUCUGUCCAUUUGAAUGAACUUUUGAAGAGAACUGCAUGCAUAUCAGGAGCUUGAUGACUCCGUCUUCGAGGACAUGCUUCACUCUGAUAUCAGAAGACGAUCCUUUUUAAAAAACAUUCUUACGUUAUUCACGUGGUGUUUUGCAUUUGUACAACUGAAAAUGAAACAUGACAGAGCUUAGUUUACAGUACAUCUCAGCUGUAUGUCAAACACUCGUUUUGAAAGUGUCUACAGGAAGAACUCGUCAGAUCAGUGAUGACAAAUUAAUUCAAAUGUUGGUAGAAUGUUGAUUUAAAUUCAGUAUUAUGAAUUGUAAUGAGGCACCGUCUACCACACCCAAUAUAUUGUAUAAAAGAAUGUAACAUAUGUAAAACUAUAUAGAAUGUUAUGGCGUGGCAUAGCCAUUUUCUUCUCAGGCUGGCAGUGUUGUCUGUAAACUGGUGCAGUAAUGCCACAAUAUAGCCACCAAAGGGGGCAGUUCAAAUGGGGAAACGUUGGUCCUCGGUGGUAAGAUUGACUUGACUGGAUAAUACCGGGUUUAUCUGGGUGUCAUGGACGGCUGCAUUUACACGGGCAGCCCAAUUCGUCUUUUGACCAAUCACAUCAGAUCUGAUCUGAUUGACCAAAAGACCAAUUCAAAAAUAUAGGUCUGCUUAAACGCCGCCAGAGUGAAGUCUUACUGCUUUACGUUCCCACACGUUAAAAUAUGACCACGGUGAAAUGGAUUCCAUGGGUGGAGGGUCCCACCACCAACAGUAUGAGAUUGUGUUAUGUUGUUGAAUUGGACAGAAUAACCUCACAUGGCGGAGAUGGUUCUGUGAUGAGUACUGUUACCUAGGCUUUAGCUCAGCAGGUUCAAACCAGCAACAUUGGCUGUCAUUGUAAUUCUAUGGGGACCAUGACAGGGUGAGGCAUGAUGUGUUCAGUCAUGCAGAAUGCCACAAUCACUUUUUGGGUGUGUCUUGCUCCCAUUGUGAAUACGUGAGGGACAAUAAAUCAACAGUAGACUUAAACUAAAGUAGUGUCAAGGACCUUUUUGAGUAGGGCUUCUAAUGUGAUCGGACACAGGGGUUAUCACACCCUUCUGCACUUUGGGUUAGGGACUAGUGUUGAAGUCUAAUAUCUUUAUUUUUUUUGCUUACCAGUUAACUUGGUCUUGUUGAGUAUUUGUCACUGUCAAAAAUGUAGACUGCUAUUUCUGUACAUGUUUCUACUGGACUCACUUCCCAUAGAGAUGCUAAAACGUGCAACUUAUUUCUAUACAUUUUUCUUGAUUAACUCUGCAUAUUGUCAAUAACACAUUAAGAUUUUGCUUUCAGUCAAAUAUACUAAAUGGUUUAUCUUUUGAGGAAUAGUUCACAAAAAUAAACACAUUUUGAAAAGAC